AUGGCAUAUCCCGUACAGCUAGGCUUUCAAGACGCAACAUCACCCAUCAUAGAAGAACUGCUACACUUUCACGAUCACACUCUGAUAAUUGUUUUCCUAAUUAGCUCACUAGUACUCUAUAUUAUUUUACUGAUACUAACAACAAAACUAACCCACACCAGCACCAUAGACGCACAAGAAGUAGAAACAAUCUGAACCAUUCUACCAGCUAUUAUUCUGAUUAUAAUUGCUCUCCCAUCCCUACGAAUUCUAUACAUAAUAGACGAAAUCAACAACCCAUCUCUCACAGUAAAGACCAUAGGACAUCAAUGGUACUGAAGUUAUGAGUACACAGACUAUGAAGACUUAAGCUUCGACUCCUAUAUAAUUCCAACAUCAGAAUUGAAACCUGGAGAACUACGAUUACUAGAAGUAGAUAACCGAGCUGUAUUACCUAUAGAAAUAACAAUUCGAAUACUAAUCUCCUCCGAAGACGUUUUACACUCAUGAGCAGUUCCCUCUCUAGGACUAAAAACAGACGCAAUUCCAGGCCGUUUAAAUCAAACAACCCUCAUAUCAACUCGUCCAGGCCUAUUUUACGGCCAAUGCUCAGAAAUCUGCGGAUCAAACCAUAGCUUCAUACCAAUCGUUCUCGAACUAGUCCCAUUAGAAUAUUUUGAAAAGUGAUCCGCAUCAAUGUUAUAA